AUGCAAUCCUCCGUCAACAACCCACCGAAAACGCGUAAUCUGCGGAUCCCACCUGCCGGUAUUUUCAAGCCCGUAACUACCUCGACAAGCACCGCUACGAGCGGACCCUCGAAUAUUGCAUUAUUCCUUGCGAAUCUAAGACUGCUCGAUCUUGAUCUGCGAGAAGAUUGGCCUGAAAUAUCUGCAAAGACGUUCUCUACUAAAGACGCACAACAAAACCAAAAGAGACGGAUCCAGAGCGUCGAAUGGUCACUGUAUCAAUUGUUUGCGCUAUGGGACCCAGAAGAAGCGCAAAAUAAAUUGCAACCCUUCUUUCCUCCUAUAGAACCCCUUCAAUCUCUGAAUCUGCGAGCGGCCCUCUUCCGAUGUCUCGAUCAUGCGAAGAAGACGGGAGUGCUGGGACGGGAUACGGUGCUGAGGAAGACGAUGCUGGACGAAUGCAAAGGGGAGAGACUAGAAGAAGUUCUAGCUGUUUUCUCAAAUGCGGUCUUGAAGAAAGUGCUGCAAGAAGAACAAAACUCCUCCGAACUGGAGACGAUCGCGCAACAAUUGGCCUACGAAAACUUCUCUUACACGGGCGAACGAAGUGUAUUAUCGGCAUUAAUACUAGCGCACAAGGCUUCAGUCACUACGCAUUUGCGUGAGAAGGAUAACUCGAGGGCAAAGUACAAUGACUUCUCCGAGCUGCUAAAAUUGAACGAGCGCCGGAUUCAUCGUCGGCACGAACAGCUGAAGGAAGCCAUGGCAGAGAGUGAAGGUUACCUAAAGUUACCUCCCUCAGAGGUCGGCUCUUGGCAAAACCAGGUUCAAAAGAACUGGUCGGGUUCCGAAGAUUGGCUGGGAACCAUCCUUUACGGUGACAGCAAAGUGGGCGAGGAAGGGCUGCUCGCGACACCCUUUGAGAAGGUCUGGAAGCAUGUUACAAGAGGCAGCAUUGGAGAUAUAGAGAGUCAGGGCCGGGUGGGCUUGUUGGAGCAACUGGACAUGAGAGUCAAGAAUCAAGAAAACCGCUUUGCAAGGUGGAAGGAUUUCAGCAACUCUCUGUCCACAAAGUCGGGGGACACCUUGGAUGCUAAGACAACUGGACCUUUGCCAGGGAAGAAGAUCGAUUUGGGAUUUAAUCUACAUCAAACCAUAAGAGUUGGAGAGAGCAACUUGAAAGAGUCAUCUUCGAUGAAAGGCCCGUUUUUCGAUGAUUAUACCCAACUAAUUGAAGCCAUGACACGGGAAAUAGCAGCAAUCAAGGAUCCAUCCAGACAAACUGUGGCACCAACGAAAAGGCCGCCCGCUUGCGAUGAUGCUUCACCCACACCGGUACCAAGUCCUUACCACACUGAUGUUGGGCCUCAGGACGAUGAUGAGUGGUUGUCUGCAAGUGAACUAGAAGAGUCUUCUCCGGGAUUCUCUGCUCAUGUAUCAAAAUCCCUCUCUCGCACCCCGCCAUCUGAAACGCAUCUUCAGAGUUCUCGGCAAGAAGAAAUCAAAGAUGAGAUCAACAACUCAUCAGAAGUUGCCGAGAACAGCAACACCGAUGAAAAUCCGUGGGAGCAGUCAGGAAAUGUUGCAGAAACAAACGUUUCGGGGGCAGAAUCCAGCCCCGAAGAGGAAGAAGCUACCUUGGUCCCAACAGAACCACCAUACUCAGUUAACAGAGCACUUUCUCCCUCACCCCUACCUGAUUUUCAAACACCUCCAAGACAUCCCUCCCCGGAGCCUGAAGAACAAACGGAGAUCGCACUUGCAGAUGAAAUCCUGAAUUCCAUGUCAGCUGCAUCGCCAUCUCCAAAGAAGCCCAGACAUACGUUGUCAUUGGCGGAAAGGACACGGAUGUCCAUGUCUCGUAAAUCACAUGCCCAGAUAUCGGAACUGCACGACUUUGACGAUGUUCAAGAAGCCCCUCGACUGUCGAUUAAGCCUCGCCCUUCAUUAGCACCACAGCCUCUUAAUGAGGAAUCGGAUCUUCACGCCGGUCUCAUCGAACGUACCCGGAAAAGUAUGGCUGGCUUUGAGGCAGCACAAAAGAAGGCACAGAUUCAACGUCGUCGGAGCGUGAAAGAUGCAAAGAAAAAGCAGAAAGAAUCUAGUUAUUUCCCCAGAGUCAACGAAGAGGUAGAAGUUCCAGACGUGAGUGCGGUCGAAUUGAUGGAUGGAGCGGAUCCUGAUUACGAGAGUGUGUUCAAAAGUCGACCUAAAAUUAAGACAAGCCCUGCCGUGAGCCCCACGCGGAGCCGAAUUGAGGAGGAGGACGAGGGAUAA